AUGCUCAAUGUUGCCAUUCCUCCUUCCUACAAUCCACCACUCCAUGCCCCGACUGUCUCCUCCAGUGGAUACCCUGAUUUUGGUGCUCUCGCUAAGCCCCUAUUUCGGACUCUAACGACCCGCAGGAGCCAUGUCAAGCCAGAUUUCGAUAACAGCAGGUCCUCAGCGGGUCCUGUGCAGUCGAUGUCGGGUUUCAAAUGGCCAAUGUGUUGUGACGAGUUUCUGGACAAACUGUUGACAAGUUGCAAGGUGCAGAAUAGCACUCUGGGAGUGAGUUGCCCGCGCAUCCCGCGCAUGUGGACAGGUUCGAGUCCCCUCCCAAUGCCGUGUGCGGUCCGAGUCGCCCACGUGUGA